AUGUUCUCCAUAACCAACAACAUGCAUUUCUCUCCAUUCUCCAUAACCAGGGUAGUGUUCAGGGCUGCAGUUGGUGACUCCUCACAGUUGCCAAAUUCUUCACAUCUGGAGCAGCUGAGUCUCCAGUCACUGAGGUUCAUUUUCCCACUGUGGCAGGUGAGCGGAGAAAAAUCAUGUCAUCUACCCUCCAAUCUGAGACAUGGCCAGAGCAGUAUCUCCACCACCCAGUCCUCCUCCUCCUCCUCCUCCUCCUCCCCCACCUCGAGGAGGGUGAGGGUGGCUGUGGAGGAUAGCUCCGUUUGUCUCUACCGCACCAUCUCUGUCUCUGAGUCCGACAGAGCUGGUGCUGUCGUCAAGGAGGCCAUGAAGAAACACGGAAUUAAGGGAGAUCCCUCUCAUUAUCACUUGCAGUUGGCCAGUCGUCUUAACAAACGCAGCAGGCUGUCUUGUGAUGCCAACGUCUUUUAUGCUCUUGGAGACACUUCAAUAUUGAUAUUGUGCAAUAAUAAUCACAUGGGAACAUAA